GCCACAGCCACACCCACACCCACACCCCACACCCACAGCGGCACCCUACACACCACACGCGGAUACCCGCGCGCACACCCCGCGCUGCGGCCGCCCACCCGCGCCCGCCAGCCGCCCACCGCCCGCCCAGCGCCCACCGCGCCCGCCAGCCGCCACCGCCCGCGCCGCCCGCCCCACCCGCCCGCCCGCCGCCACCCGCCGCCGCCGCCCACCUCGCCCCCCCGCCCGCCCACCCGGCCCGCCCGCCCGCCACCCUCGCCCGCCGCCCCACCCGCGCCCGCCCACCCCGCGGCCCGCCCACCCGCGCCCGCCCACCCGCGCCCGCCCAGCCCCGCGCACGCGCCCGCCCAGCCGCCCACCCGCGCACGCGCCCGCCCAGCCCCCCACCCGCGCACCGCCCGCCCAGCCCCACCCGCGCACGCGGCCCGCCCAGCCCCCACCCCGCGCACGCGCCGCCCAGCCCCCCACCCGCGCACGCGCCCGCCCAGCCCCCACCCGCGCACGCGCCCGCCCAGCCCCCCACCCGCGCACGCGCCCGCCCACCCCCACCCGCGCACGCGCCCCCACCCGCGCACGCGCCCACGCCCACGCAGCCCCCACGCCGCGCCCCGCGUCCACGCCCACGCAGCCCCCCACGCCGCGCCCGCGUCCACGCCCACGCCCACACCCACGCAGGCCCCCACCCGCGCUCGCGCCCACCCAGCCGCCGAGCCACAACCCGGAGAAGACAUCAAUCCAACAACCAACCCGGAGGUCAAGAGGAGCGUGCAGUCCGGCCGGCAGGUCGACCGGCCGGGCCGCGGCCGCCUCCCGGGCCCGGCGGCAGAGAGCCGGGGCAGAGCCGGGCGGCGUGCGGUCCGGGCGGCCGCCGGACCGGGCGGCUGGUCGACCCGGCAGGGCCCCCGCCACCGCGCCGGCCGGCGGCAGACAGCCGGGGCGUGCGUUCCGGGCGGCCGGCGGGCCGGGCGGCUGGUCGACCCGGCAGGGCCCCCCGCCGCCGCGCCGGCCCGGCGGCAGAGUGCCGGGCCGGCCGGCUGGUCGACCCGCCCCGCCGGGGAAGAAGGGGAGAGCCGCAAGGGCCACGCCGACGCCCGCGUGCCGUCCUCCCUCUCCCCGCCGGCCGGGACGGGACAGAGGGACGGGACACCGCGCGCGGACGCGCGCGUCGGCGGCGACUGGCUCGCGCCGCCGGCCCCCCGGCCCCGCGCGUCCCCCACCGGGCGAGGGGACCGCGGGGCCGCCCUGCGACGGCCCCGGACUCCCGUCCGCGCCACGCCUCUCCCCCCGUCCCCCGGCCCAGCCCGCGGGCGAGGACCCGCGGCGGGGAAGCGGAGGAAGGGGCGCGGCACCCCGAGGCCGGGAGGCGCCGCCAGGGGCGGCCCCCCUCCUCUCCUCUCCUCCCACGUCGGCCCCGCCCGCUCCGCGGAGGACGGCGGUCCCCCCCCGCCCCCGACCGGGGCCCGGGGCCGAGGACACGCCGCCGCCCGCCGCGGAGAGGCGGAGCCCCCGCGGAGGGAAGAGAGAGAGAGAGCAUCGCAGCGAGGGAGCUGCUCUGCUACGUACGAAACCCCGACCCAGAAGCAGGUCGUCUACGAAUGGUUUAGCACCAGGUGCCCCACGAACGUGCGGUGCGUGACGGGCGAGGGGGCGGCCGCCUUUCCGGCCGCGCCCCGGGUCCCGGGACGGAGGGCUCUCCGCACCGGACCCCGGUCCCGACGCGCGGCGGGGCGCGCGCCGCCGCCGCGGCCCCCGCGGGGGGGGAACGCGGGCGACGGCCCCGCCGCGGGGACGGCGGGGGGGGACCGGCUAUCCGAGGCCGACCGAGGCUCCCGCGGCGCUGCCGUAUCGUUCCGCCUGGGCGGGAUUCUGACUUAG